GGGAAGAAGACGAGGAGAGAGACAGAGGAGGUGGAGGAGGAGGAGCAGAGCAAGAGGAAGGCGAGUGUGUGUUCUUAUCAUUCUUUUUAGGGGGGCAUAGGAGGUGUUUGCAGGUACCAGAAGAGCAAAAGGAGAACAUUUAGGAAUAUGCAAGCUGCACGCUGACCCCAUAUGCAGGAAAUAUGUUGACUCUGCCAUUCGAGGACACGCACAUGAUGUGCGAGCCACGCUUCGGGGCCAGUUACCCCCGUGAAGUCCCCUCAGAGGGCGGCCAGGAGCAACGCGAGCGUCCCAUGCACGACGACGACUUGCCCUGCAGGUCCGCCGGGGACGACGUCUCGGACCGCGGUGAGGAGGACGAGCGAGAGGACGAUCAGGACGAGAACGGGCUCCAUAAGAAACGAGGCCCCCGGAAAAAGAAGCUGGCCAAGGAGCAACACGACCGCUCCAGGCUUCGGAGGCAAGAGGCCAACGCCCGGGAGAGGAGCCGCAUGCACGGCCUCAACGCAGCGCUGGAGAGCCUCCGCAAAGUGGUGCCCUGUUACUCCAAGACUCAGAAACUGUCCAAAAUCGAGACUCUGAGGCUGGCUAAGAACUACAUCUGGGCCCUAUCGGAGACCCUGAGCGCAGGGAAGAGACCGGACCUGCUGGCUUUCGUGCAGACCCUUUGUAAAGGAUUAUCUCAGCCCACUACCAACCUGGUUGCGGGUUGCCUGCAACUCAACGCCAGGAACUUCCUCACAGACCACAACGGGGAGGUCAUGUUCUCCGGGAGGCCACCCUACGACCCGGUGUACUCCUCCUACCCGGAUGUGAGCACGCCCGCCGGGCACAGCGGCGGAUCGGGCGGCUUGGACGCAUCAUCCAAGCCCUUCCGCCACUACAGUUACAGCGGCGCAUACGAGCCAUUUCUGUACGAGAACCCGUCCCCGGAGGCUGGGAGUCCGCAUUUCGAGAGCCAGCUGAGUCCUCCCGUGAACUUGAACGGGAUUUUCUCCCUGAAGCACGACGAGCCGCCGGACUACGGCAAAGGAGCGCACUACGGCGUGCGCUACUGCGGGGCUCCCGGACGCUCAGCCCUGGCGCACGGCUCCAUGUAUAGGGUGGCCCCGGAAGGCCGCUACCCGUACGACCUGCACGUUCGCAGCCAGUCCUUCCAAGCACAGGGGGAGCUCAAUGCACCCUUCCACACUUAAUUUACCCGGAGUUGCAAAAAAAACUCCCAUUUGUAAACAUUUCUUAUUCCCUUCCUUCCUUAAUAUUCCGUAUGUCUGCACUUUACAUGAGAACAUUGGACUUGAUUUCUCCCCAAGUGAAGCACAAGACUUUUACAUUUCAAGUGUUCGUUUGAAGUCAAUUAAAUUGCCAUACAAUAAUUCUUUAUAUUUAAUUUGUGAUGGCAUCCAAUUAAAAAUAAUAAUUUAGAAAUUGGAGGGAGCAAUAAAAGACAAACUAAAGCUAUGCAGGGCAUCAUUACGUCAUGAAAAAUAUCCAAUAAUACAUACUAAAUUGAUACUGUGGGGGGUGUUGGUAUUUUUAACAAUAAAGUUGACGUGUGUGCAGUAAAUAGUGUUUUAAUCAGGUGAAUGUAAAAAAAUGAUUGUUAUGGAUUUAUUUAUGAUUUAUUUAUUCAGUAAUUUGACAGUGGAUAAUAUAUAUGAGACAUUAUUGUACAUUUCAACAUGUGAAAGAUUGUUUGAUUAAGUUGUUGCUGUUCUAUAUGAUUGACAGACAAGAUUUAUUCUGUGUAACAUGCCUUAAAAAAAGGGGGGGGGGCACUAUCAUUAAUAUGCAAUGACAUAUAAGUGUUUUCUUGGAAUUUACAACGAAUUCUGUUUAUAUAAUUUUUUUUAUUUAAUUUUUAUUUUUGGGGGGGUGCGCACAUUUGACCAAUUCCUGAGAAAUCCCUGUGGAGUUUGUGUUGUGUGGCGGAUAUUUACAACUCAUGAAUCAAUAAUAAAUGAUUGGGGGGAAACUCCCAAUCAAUACAAAAUGUAUUUAUUUACACAAAUGGUCCAAAUAUAUUUGCAUGUUUUUUGUUAAUUAUAAUAUAUAUGACAUUACUGCCUUCAUCUUGUAUUUUAAACAGUCAGUCCUGGACUUGGAUGACUUGGAGUUGCUGGAUGUUGGCCAGACAACACAGACUGCAUCCCAGUCCUCCCAGUUGGAAGAAGGGCAUGCAUGGUGAAGUCUGUCUUUUAUUAUUUAUUUUAAUUUUUUUUUUACAUUUUCGUUUCCAUCUUGAAUAGUCUCUUUAAAGCAGAACGUGAAUGGGAAUGCUUAUUCUUUCAUUUUAAUAUAACUGUAAAAAAUAAAUGCAUACACACACUUUUUUGUUCAGCUUUAAAUUAAAAAUCUUAGAUAAACUAAUAAAAACACACUCAAAAAGUCUCAUUCGGUAAUUUUCCAUGAGUUGUUUAUGAAGUUGUUACAUUUUUGUAAACUCAAAACACUCAAAUAUGACUACAUUCAAACAGCAAGUCACCUUAUUAAAUGUCAUUUUAAAAUCAAAUCAAUAUACUUAAUAAAUUGUAUGGUUUAUUAAAAGAGAAAACCCGAUGAAAAUCGGGUUUCUUUCCCCUCACUCAUCAUCUUCUGUCUCCUAAUACAAUUAAAAAAAAAAAACACUGGCG